GAUUCCGGCAAUGGCGGUCGAGAUGCCUGGCUCAACAGACAUGUCGGGCCUCAAUCUUCAGUUUGGAGCCUUCCAGUUUGGGUCAGAACCGGCUAUGCCAGAGUACGAGUCCACCCCCGCCUCCACAACACAAGUCCACCAGGUCCAGAACAGUCUCUACAAUAGCCCCAGCAGUGAGUCAACUCCAGCUCUUUCCAACCCCAGUCAGAUGGACAUGUACGAUCAGAGAGCAUCUCAGACACGCCGCUACCCCCCCUCCGUCUCCUCCUCCCCUCAGAAGGACAUGCAGCCCAAGAAUGGCUUCAGUUCAAUACACGGAACACAUUCUGGGGAAGCGGGCUCUGCAGUAACAGUUCGGCAGGUCUCUGAUUCAGUCACGGCUGUCAGCAUGGGCACUUUGACUGACAGCGGCUCCGGCCCUGCCUCCUUGAUGGCUUCAUCCAAUCAGACAUCUCUCAGCGGUCUGGUGCACAGUGAAGACAUGCCUCCAAAUACUUUCCCCCCUCCUCAGCACAACAACUCUCACCAAUCACAGCAGAACAACCUAGCUCAAUCUUCAGUCCGGUCAUCCAACUCCAGCUUAAUGCAUCCCAGCGUAGACGUUGACUCAAGCCUGCACUGCUCCAACUACCCCUCCUCCGUGUCAUCGGUGCCAUCAUCAGUCCCCUCCUCUUCCUCAGCGCAGGUGUCCCUAGGGGUCCAUCAGGCCUGCUCUGUGGGCUCCAACACAGUUUUAGCUCCCUCUGGUCUCUGCCCCAUCAGCAGCCUGGCCAUGGGCCUUAACCCCGCCUCCAUGGCGGUCCAAGCUGCAGUCGCCGCUGCUUCAAUGUCCUCGGCAGGCUCAGCCAUUCCUUCUUUAGCGAAUUCGUCACGCAAUUCUGCAGCAUCCUCAGGUUAG